CACACCUCACGUUAUGAGCUGCGCUGCUUUGCCGGAGCUGGCAACACGAACGCUUUUAUCCUGAUUAAUAACGGCCGGACGAGAGAGCGACAAACAGUCCGACAGCACCUCACAGCCGGCAUUUAAGCAAAAAGUCAAGGGCAAUCUAUUAUCUAAUGAUAAAGGGACUGGACGCCGGUUGACUGUUUAUUUAGAAGUGCUGUCCAGCAGAACCGAAAUAUCUCCUUCCUGGAAAAAGCACAGCACCGCAAUGCGAAUGUCGAGCGAAGACACGCUUAAACCAGCACAACUGCAUUUAACAUGGGCGGAAAAAGAGGAAUUAGCCGCUACAGACAACUGAAUCGUGAGAAAUGUUCUCUGUUCACGCCGCUGUGAGACUGCAUGAAACGGCUGUUUUCGAGAUCAUCAACUAAUCGGCAGCAGUGCAUCUUCAAACGAGACAGCACGCGAUAAUCUGGCCGAUGAAUUAUGCACGGCGGAGCAUGAAUAAUACACUGAGGUGUGACGCUCGUUUUCAGAGACCGGUCGGUGCCCGACGGUGUCCCACAUGACCUACUUUCAAAAGCUUUAAUGCAGGAGAGAUGCAGCCGCAGUGAGACGCAAAAGAGACCUUCCGCACUGAAAAACAAGCUCACUGUUUGCUCAUAUGUGUGACCGAAGUCGUGUGGACCUCAGGUGACAUGAGCGUCACGGUGUAGCCUAUCAAGAAGGAUCCUCUGCGACUGCUUAUUUAUUUAUUUUUAAAUAAUCGUAAUUGUUUUAAGACGAAUCUACCAUGCCGAUAACUCUAAAGACUUGCGCUAACGGAAAAAAGGGACCCUGGAGCCAUUGACCUAUGCACUUGCAACAGCAGGAUUAUUUGUUUCAGCUAAAACCAGUCAUUUCAGCACAUGUUGUUGGGAUUUGUAUUGAGCCAUGGGAUUUGCCUUUGCCAGCUGAAAUCUGCACAUUAAGUCCAUAAAAGCUUCUAAAGGAUUAUUAAAAUGACAGUUAUGUCUCUGUGAUGCCAUAGAGUUUGAUAGUCUAGCCUUCUCUAAGCAAUACUACGACAUAACAACUACCUACAACAUCGUAGUGCUAUCUAUACAUGUUAUCAGUUCAAUGAAUCUAAUUCAACAAUGAUUCUAAGCUCAGGAGAUAUUUUUAUUGCUAAUCAGUGAAUUUAUCUUUCGGUCCAGUCAUGUGGUCACUUCCAUUACUACGUUACACUGACGUUCCACCAAGAGUGACUGAGAACUUCAUUCUGUCUGGUUAUCGUUUUCCCAAUUACAGUCUACGGCAGUGCCUAGUCUCUGCAUUUCGUCCCACCAAUGAGACCGGAAACUUCUGGACACACUUCCUCCCCAUCUUCGUGUUCACCUUUCACUUUCUGGAGGUUUUCACGUGGGAAGGAGCGCCUGAACCUAGCAAUCCUUUUUUCUACCCUUUCUGGAACUACUUCCUGGGGGUGUUGUACCUGCUGCUAGGCAGCAGUCUGGCUCAUCUCCUCAACUCCAUGUCACUCAUCAUUCGUGAAAUCUGUUUCUUUGUGGACUAUGGGACUAUUAGUGCGUAUACGGUGGGUUCCUCACUGGCGUAUUACUACUACAUCCAUCCUCAAGCAGGAAUACCAGAGAUUGGAUUUGAGGGAAAGAACUCUACUCGAAGGAAGAGCCUGAACGCUGAUGAAGAGUCUUGGUCCUCUGCAUCUUCUCCCACUCAGGUCCAACUGUUCUUUGAUAGCCUCUACAUCCCAUCCUCCUGUCUGAUCGCUAUCAUAUGCGUCAUCACCUGCUGUAACACCAGACAGUGCUGGCGGAAGUACCGCUAUGCUGUCCGCACCCUUGUCUUCCUCCUUCCGUUUUUCAUCUCCUCCGCUCCUGUCUUCUACCGUCUCCUGAGUCCCUCCGCGAGCUCUCCGUCAUCCUCCUCCCCUCAUCUGUUCUCCACCAUGGCUACCUUCUUCUACCGCCAUUGCUUUUGGCUGGUGGUAUCUGCCUUCUUCAAUAUCAGUAAGAUCCCAGAACGUUUUUCUCCAGGAAAUUUUGAUAUUUGGGGUCACAGCCAUCAGUGGUUCCAUUGCUGCACGUUCCUGUCGAUCCUGGAUGAGCUGCAAAUGAUCAAAGUGGAGAUGUGGGCCCUGCUUCUCAACCCAACUUUGGUACUAUCAUCUGUAACGCCACCUAGGCUUCCUGGACCAACACUCUGGUCCACCUAUGGGAUCAUGGUGCUCCUGCAGGGGUGCAUAGCAUGCAUCAUAGCCUGGUUUGGUUGGCAGGCAUAUCAGAUCUACGGACCAGAGCAAAAAAAGCUAAAGGGACAUUAGGAGGCACUGAAUGCUGGUCAGGUUUAAAGUUCUUGUUUUGUAUUUUACUUUGUGAACAAUGUUUGAAUGAUUUCUGCAGUAUCACUUUAAAAAGGAUCGGCCACCCAAAAAUGAUAAUUGUCAUUAUUUACUGACCCUCACGUUUUUUCAAAAUUCAUCUGGCUUUCUUUCUUUUGCAAAGCACACGAUAUUUGAAUUUUUAUGAAUAGGACCCAGAACUUUCAAGCUCUAAGAAGGACAUAAAGGUAACAUGAAAUUAAUCCAUAUGACUACACUGGUAUAUUCCAAGUCUUCUUCACUUUGUAUGAUGAAGAGAUCAAAUUUUAAGCCUUUUGCGUUCCACGGAAGAAAGACAGAUUUGUAAUGAAAUGGUGUGUAAAUGAUGACAUAAUUUUCAUGUUGGGUGAACUGUCCCUUUAAGUUUGAUAUGGUCACAGAAAAAAGUGCACAGUAGGCAUUUAUUGACAAAAACUUUGAAUGUUUUAGUAGGUUUCAUUGUAAGGACUUUGGAGGGAGGCUGUUUUUUUGCUGUCGGGUGGUCAAAGUCCUUGCUACUCUGUAAUCAGCAAGCUAACUCUGCCACGUUUGGUCCCCAGGGGCUGUAUUGUUGAACAAACUUUCCAGAAAGUUCUCAUAAGUUUCACUCGAGAGGGGUGCAUGACGCAUGAUGCAUUAUUGAGCUUUUACUAGGACACCUUAUAUUGUAACACUCUUCAUUAUUGGAAUUCUCUUUCUCAGUCUAUCUGUCACUGUCUCGCUUUUUCUCUCAUCCGCCCACUCACAUUUCCUCCCUCUUUUUAACAAACCCUUUAAACAGGAAGUGCAGACAAACACAAAUAGUUUCAGCCAAAGUGUUUGAAGCAAAGGGAAAUGAGAGGGGUGGAGUUUACAUCACUGCAGUGCUAAACAACACCCUUCACAAUUUUUGAAGAAACAUUACAUUUCACUCUAUACUGUCAUUUCUAUUAACUAUAGACCUUAAUCAAGGUGUGUGGCAGCAUAGCUAGUAACUGUAGAUUUCAGUUGAAACGCUAUAUUUUAAUCUACUGUAACUAUGCAUUGUUAUUGAUUGUAUACGCUUCUCUAUGACUUGACAUUUGAAGGCCUUGGUGGUAAGACUGAAAGGAGAAAAACGAAGCCAUAUCAUUGUUGAAAAACAUAUCAGCAAGUACUGUUUUUACUUGUAAAGGCCAGUUUUGAAAAACACAGGUUAACUGUAGUCAUUGGGCUACACAAAAAUGUCUGGUAAAUCAUAGUUAUUAAUAACUUCUAGAAAGUGCUACUAGUUGGCUGUAUUCAGCUUUGUUGUACUGCAUACAGCCUUGAGUUGUCACUGGUCUUUCUGCUGGGUAGUUGAAUUUUCCUUCAUCCAAUCAGAUACUUUCAGUAAAGUGGUGCUCUUAUAAGAGAGUGUGAAAAGUGCUUUAGUGAAACACCUGUUGACAAAACAUACAGGUUAUUUAGUCUGAGAGAUUGGUGUGGUUUAACAAUAUUUGUGCAUUUCUUUGUGAACAUGUCUUUCUGUUGCUGUGAAUGACAAAUUGAGGUCAUUGAUGAAUCAUAUGUUGUGGCUGUCAAAAAAGAUGUUAUGUCUCUGUUGUUCUGUCCUCCAAUUUCAAAGUCAGGCAGGCCGAAUAGUUGCAAUAGGUGUGAGGACAUAUAGUUUUUUUAUUUAUUAUUUUUUUAGUCUUUUAUGUAUUUCAUCAUUCACAGGGAUUCAUUCAUUAUUCAUUAAUAACUUGAGUUUUGAAAGCCUCAUACUUAAUACUAUUGUAUCAUAUAAUGAGAUAAAUAAUUUGCUGCAUUGCACAAGUGUAGUAUUUAAAUCUAGACGGAAUAUAUGAUUUGCACAUAAAUGACUUAAUGUGUCUGCGCAAGUCUGUGUUCUUGACAGGGACACAAUGUACAUUUUUAUCCUGUUUUAAUAUAUUGAGCUGGGUUGUCUACAAAAUUGGAAGGUUUCAGCCAUUUUGACCGAGCAUUGCUUGCCAUCAUGCAAGUCUGCCGACUUUGUGCUCGGCUUAACACCUCACACCUGCAUUAAGAUAUAUAGUUAUACUCUACAGAUCAAAUGUACAAGAGACUAAAUCUGUAUCAAAUAUAUUCGCUCUGGAGAAAACACCAAAAUAUGAAUAUUCAAAAACUGUGUUUAAAACAGCUUGAUUAGAAAUUCUUGUUCUAGAACAGUUUGUCUAGAACAGUUGUAGUUCUCAGGGGAGAAGACAGAUUGUAGUCUUAAUGCACUGGAAACUAUGCUGGAUGCCCACUGCUGUAGUGUGAGUUUAUCAUCAUGGUUUACUUAAGUAGAUCAUGCUGAUAUAUCUUAUUUAUUAAGAUAUAGGCUUGAACAUGAAACUAGAAUACUUCAAUU